UCCUCCUGGCUCCCGCGGAGGGACGCAGGGGCCAUGGCGCGGCGCCUUGGCCUGCGGCUCCCGUCCGUCUGGCACGCAGAGGAGCACACAGACGUGAAGACCAAUAGAGGAGCAGGGGAAAACGAUUCGCUCUCUGAAGAUUCGCUCCGUCCAUCACCGUGUCCCGUCGGAACAGUCGCAACCAGCGCCGCGCAGCGGCCGUACGCGCGUGCCCUCCCUCCUCUUCUCACCGAUGUCGAGGCUGUCCCAUCGGAGUUACUAGGCGAGGCCGCGCGUCCCAGCAGGGUUGGGAGGGCGGGAGGGCGCGGGCACCCGUGCCUCGAUUUGCACCCCGGCCGUCGUCGAGAUAAGAUCCCCCUCCCCAUUCCUUAUCUCCUCCUCCACUUUCUUCUCCCUCGCUCCGGUUCCAAACCCUAGCUUUUGGUUCCCCGCUCCCAUCCUCGGCUUAUUUUCCCUAUCUAGACCGCAUCAUACAGAUCUGCGAGAUUCGUUCGUUCCCUACAUCUUUGCCCAUUCUUGCUGCUUCGAAUUUGAAGUGGCUUGAUCUAAUCUGCGGUUCUCUGGUGUUCUUAUGCAGGUGCAUAGCUGGCCAUGGCGUUCGUCACCUAGCCGUAGGAGCAGCCAUUAGUACAGGAAGGUCAUCCAUUGCUGAAGAAAGAACCGUGUGUUGCUGUCAAGUUGCUGCUUUUUGCUGUGGGGACCCGCGAAGAUGGCAGAUCUACUGCUUCCCCACCUUAUGCCUGGAAACUGCAAUGAUCGUAUUUGCGUGCGUGUCUCUAGGUUUUGGAAUUUCUGUGAUCCUAAUGACGAGAAAAAGUUGCUGCAUAGUGAUAUGGUUCUAAUUGAUGAGGAGGGCAACACCAUCCAUGCCCAGAUCUACCCUGCUGCUAGCCAACUGUUCAAGCAGUCCGUAAAGGAGGGAAAUGUCUAUAACUUCUACUAUUUUCGAGUCAAGAACAGCGAGAACUAUAAACCAGUUGCAAAUGAUCACAUGCUUUACUUUUCAAAAUGGACCAAGAUUGAGGAGGUGGUUGAUAUUCCUCCUGCUUUCCCCAUGUAUGCCUACUCCAUUGCUUCCAUGGAACAGCUACAGGAACGUGUGGACAGUAGAGCACUCUUCACUGAUGUUAUUGGAGUGAUCACUGCUAUUUCAAAUGUUGGGGCAAUACAAACAAAAAUGAGGCAGGGUCAAAGCUUGAGGAGGGCCAUCACUAUACGUCUCCCAAGCGGUGAUCUGUUAGAUGUUGUGCUUUGGUCGGAGCGGGCCACUUCAUUCCUGGCUGAGGAGAUACAUGGCAAUGGACAGGCUUCUCCACAGAUAGUAAUCUUUGUUGGUACUCUGGUCAGAAGCUUUGGAGGUAAAUCGCUGUCUGGUGGUUCAUCGUGCAAGUGGUACAUAAAUCCUGAGGUCCCCGAGGUGAAAAGGCUUAUGGCUAGUGCAAAGACUAUGCAUAAGCCAAUUACUUGGGCUGAGAAUGUGGGCUGUUCUAGAUCAAAGGAUGCUGCUAAAGAGAAGAAAGUCUCGGAUAUCAUUAACAUGAAUCCUUUCGAAUGCAAGAAAAAUGAGUUCUUGGUUACAGUGACAGUAAGGAAGAUUGAUGGUUCAUGGUGGUACAAUGCCUGCAAGAAAUGUAUGCAAACAACUAAGCGUCAUGGUGAUUCAUACAGGUGCACUAAUCCUAAAUGUGGUUACAUUGGAAUGCCCACUCAAAGGUUCAAGUUAUCAGUUCUUGCUGGAGAUGAGACAGGUGAUACUGAUUUCAUUAUCUUUGGACGCCAAGCACAGCGGCUCACAAAAAAGACAGCGGAUACCCUCAUUGCUGAUAACCCAAGUGGCUUUAUCCCAGAUGAAAUUACAAGGCUUCUUGAGAAGACUUUCAUAUGGAGUGUCAGUUUUACAGAGAGCACAAUAGACUCAGGAAAUGUUACCUUUCAAGUUAAUGCAGUGGUAGGAGAAAUAAAUGAUGGAAGUGCUACCAUUCCAGCAACACCAGACGGAUCCCAAGCAUCCUCUCUCAUGCUCUCAGGAGGUGUAGGCACAAGCAUACAGAAUACUCAAAAAAGUCAUGCCUUGACUUUAUCCUCGCUGCCUGCUACUUCUGAACCUAGCCUUGCCUCAAGCGCCACACCAGCCAAACAAACAUUUCCUGCUUCUGAGCCACCCGAGACUCCUCAGAGUGUAAGGAGCAAUGCUCAUGAUAAGGACAAGGCUUUGGCUUGCACUGCAGAUGCCCCUGGUGAUUCUCCUACACAAACACAGGGGGGAAGUGCUCGUGAUGAGGACAAGACUUUGGCUUCCAUUGCACAUGCCGCUGGUGGGUCUUCUACAAAGACACAGAAAAGCACUACAAAGAAGAGGUCUCGCCCAUCUCCUAACAAAAAUAUUGCUAAAAAACUUUUCAUUCCUGGGCAAGCUGGAGAUGACAGUGGCAGCGGUAACGAUGCUGCAGAUGCUCCUGAUCAGACCAAUCCAAGCAAGGAUGAUGCAUGAGCAGUGAAGCUCAUGUUGCUUUUGUCUCUACCGGUUGCAGCUGGCUUUUGUGUGCCCUUCCUCCAUCAAGAAGAGUCCAAUGCAUGGGACCUAGAGUCUGCAUUGACCUCAAUCUGCAAACCGUGUAGCAUGGUGAUUAGCUUUUGGUUUCAGAUAGUAUUCAAAACUACCAGCUAGGUUGUUUGGUAGUUAUGCAUACUUGCUGUUACAUGUAGAUUUAAGGUGCUCGGAUGUGUUGUAAUAUUGAUGCUCCAAAUGCCGAACAGACACCUGAUGAUAGGUUAGUUUCAUGCUCGGAUGUAACCAUGGUGAUCGGAUGUACUGUAAUGAUGAUUGAAAUGUUGCCGGACAGACACCUGAUGGAUAGGAUAGCCUGGUGCUCGGAUGUGAUGUCAUGUGAUGUGAUGGCUAGCAUAAUUUGGUGCUCGGAUGUGCUGUAAUAUUUAUGGUUCAAAUGCCGGAUAAACACCUAUGUUAAUAUGUUCAUGAUCUGCUUGCUAUCGAAUGUGUUGGCUUCGUAUUGAA